UUUUUUUGGUAAAAUCUACACAUUGGUCUAUAAAAAAGAAGUUUAUGUCAUAUCAUCUUGACUUUUUUUAAGUUGCGCAAUAUGAUGGGGUGUUAUGGAAUAAAAUUCUUUAAUAGUGCAUGCGACUGAAUGCUGAUAGACAAUUGCCAAGUUCAAAAUUGCUUGUAGAUAUAUAAGCCUGGGGCUAUUUGCAGAUACUUCCAUCAUAAGUAAAGGCUCAAACAUAUGUAAUUAAUGGUCUCCUCACGAUAAAGUAAGAGUUUUAUGGGAUUUUACGACACGGAUAAACAAAUAAAAAUUGCCUGAUACAGUUUCUUCCAGACCGGACAUGGUGUUUUGUACUAAAUCAUUUGAAAUAGGAAACGGGGAGGUCAAACCAGCCAAUACACCUAAAGCAUUCGUUGAUCUUGCACGUGCCAGAAUACUCGAGACAUGUAAAAGACAAUUGCAUGUAAGGUUGAGGAAAGCGAGCCCAUGGAAAGAGGCCGUAGCUUUUGAUGUACACAUAUACCGCUUAUCCUACAAACUUUAUAUCGUUAGUUUUAGAAAUGGAUAUUAUCCCUACGUUCGAACCUCUGUAGGACUGAUGUACACAUCCCAUACCACUUAUAAAUGUGCAGAAAAAGUACUCAUGGAUUUGAUUCAACUAAAGAGAUCGAUGUACCUGUCUUUGCCAGAUGAUGACAUGGAUCUCGACGAAGAAUUCACCGCUGUCGACAAGAGCGACCUUUUACCUACUGUAUCAUACAGUAUGGUUUUACACACUCAACGGUAGUUAUAUUACCUCAUCAUGUAAAUCCUGUAGUAUUAUAUUUACCACGAAAAUAACUUCAGUCGAUAUUAUGGUGAAUUCUGAAUAUGGGCUGUCACACUUUAUCAUAAAUUUUGAAUAUAUCAGCUUUUUUCAUCUACAUAUAUGUUUGAAAAUAUCUGUAUACUUUAACCGGGUCUGUGCACAGUGCUGUGUUGAAUUCUGUCUUUGCUCAAAUUUUUUAGCUUAUACCGGGUGAACGGCCAAGCAAAUAUCUGAAAUAAAACAGAAUGUCUAGAUAUAACCGACAUCCGAUCUCGAUUUUGAAUUAU